AUGUCGAAACGUUCACCAGAAGACAUUGGGAACUCUCAAGUUGAAUCAGUUAUUACAAAGUCCCCUUUUAAUAAACUCGGUCAAAAGUAUGGGUCUUCAAAAAAUGAAGAGGAUAUAGGAGAAUUCGAAGAUCCUUGGGAGGAUGAAUUCGAAACAGAAUCGGAGGAAGAAAUAAUAGAGAAUUCUGAAUUAGAUAGUGAUGAAGAUGUAGAAGAAGAAGAUAAAGAACAAGUUGAACAAGUUGAACAAGUUUAUUUGCCUGGUCAAGAAUUGGGUAAAGAUGAAAUUCUAGAAGCUGAUCAAUCAACAUAUGUGAUGUUACAUUCAUUAAAUGUUAAAUGGCCAUGUUUAAGUUUUGAUAUCUUAUGGGAUAAUUUGGGAGAUGAAAGAAAAAUGUUUCCAGUUACAGCAUAUAUUGUGGCUGGUACACAAGCAGAUAAACCAAAAAACAAUGAAUUGAUGGUAAUGAAAAUGUCUCAACUUUACAAGACGCAAAAUGAUGACAAUGAAAGUAAAAGUUUUAAACAUUAUGGGGGAGUUAAUCGAGUCAGAGUUACAGCAUCUUGGGCUGAUACUGGAAAAGUUCAUAUAUGGGAUUUAGAUCCAUUAAUAAAAGCAUUAGACACUUCUGGUUUCCAAAUUUCACAAAAAGCAUUGAAACCACUUUAUACCAUUGAAAGUCAUAGUAUUGAAGGGUUUGCAAUGGAUUGGUCGGGAACAGUUCCUGGAAGACUUUUAACUGGUGACUUGCGCACGAAUAUUUAUCUCACAACAAAAUCUCAAUCCACGUUUAAGGCUGAUCGUAAUCCUUUCGUAGGUCACACAUCUUCUGUAGAAGAUUUACAAUGGUCACCGGUUGAAAUGAAUGUAUUUGCGAGUGCAUCAGCCGAUCAAACUAUACGUAUAUGGGAUAUCCGAGGUAAAAAGAAACAUGCUUUGUGUAUUAAAGCUCAUGAAACUGAUGUAAAUGUUAUUACUUGGAAUAGUAACCAAGAGACACCUAGCCCUGUAGCAAAUUUUAAAUGGCAUUCGGCGCCAAUCACUUCUAUCGAAUGGCAUCCUACCGAAGAAUCUGUUUUGGGUGUUUCAGGUUCGGAUGAUCAAAUAUCAAUAUGGGAUCUUUCGGUUGAACAUGAUACUGAAGAAAGUUCUCAUAAAAUCUUUGGGAAAGAUGGUACAGAAGUACCUUCACAACUUAUGUUUGUUCAUCAGGGUCAAAAUGAUAUAAAGGAAAUUCAUUGGCAUCCACAAAUACCUGGAUGUAUGAUUAGUACAUCUGAAACUGGAUUUAAUAUAUUUAAAACUGUUUCGAUAUAA